AUGGGCGUCAUCAAGAAGAAGGCAGCCAACCCCGGCCGAGUAGAGCCUGGUGUGCGCUACCAUUGCGACUCCUGUAAUGGCGACAUUACAUUCACAGUUCGAAUACGCUGUGCUCACUUGGCAUGUACCGACUACGAUCUCUGCGUUCCAUGCUUCACCUCCGGCGCACAAACUGGAAACCACAACUGCUCAACACAUCCCUACCAGGUCAUCGAACAGCACUCGUAUCCGAUAUUCGUUGAGGGGUGGGGCGCGGAUGAGGAGCUACUGCUUUUAGAGGGCGCAGAAACCUAUGGGCUUGGUUCAUGGGCGGAUGUUGCGGACCAUAUAGGUGGAGGACGGGACAAGGAAGAGGUGAAGCAGCACUAUUUGGAUACGUACAUCAAUUCUUCUCGUUUCCCGUUACCGGAGAAGAGCGACCCGAAUGAUACAAGUUUUGCGGAUAUAUCUCGCGAGGAGUUCCAGGCGCGGAAGAAAAGACGUAUCGACGCCCGGAAGAAGGAGGCGGCGGAGAGUACACCUACGGCCCCGAAGAAGAAGCCGACCACAUCUGCCCCUGCCUGCCAUGAAAUCCAGGGGUAUAUGCCUGGCCGCAUGGAGUUUGAGACUGAGUGGGAUAAUGAAGCCGAGAUGGCCGUUAAGGACUUGUUCUUUGAACCAGGGGAGGGGAUCAAUCCAAUCACAAAAUUGGUGGAGCCAGAAGUGGAACUGAAGCUCACGGUGAUGGAUAUAUAUAAUAACAAACUUACUCAGCGAGGGCAGAGGAAGAGAGUUAUGUACGAACAUAACUUGUUGGAGUAUAGGAAAAACACGGCAAUAGAGAAAAAGAAGCUCAAAGAUGAAAGAGAACUUUUGAUCCGCGCGAAGCCUUUCGCAAGGAUGAUGAACAAGAGAGAUUUUGACGAUUUCUGCGAGGGGCUGGUGAAGGAACAGCAGCUGCGUCAAGCCAUAACGCAGCUCCAGGAAUGGCGUCGGAUGGGGAUCGAGACACUCGAAGGCGGCCAAAAAUAUGAAAUCGAGAAGACGCAACGGUCCGAGCUACUACGCAAUAAGUUGGCACCAUUAGACCGCGUGUCUCAUCGCUACUCAUCGAAAGCAACACCCCCUGUAGAAACGCCCCCCAUCAAUCCGCUUGUUCAGCCAAAAUACCCACCCACUUCUGUCCCUGCUGAUCUUGCUGCCUCUUCACCAACUCCAGCGAAUAAUAUACCCUCAUCCCCAUCACCAUACAAUAGUAGUCUAUUCGGCAAUAAAAAGCCCUCCCGAGGAAGUUUCACUAAUAAUAAUGACAGUCUCAAUGGGAGAGAUGGUGUAGCGCCUUUGGCGCUUACUAACGAGAAUGCUACCGAUUUGCAUUUAUUAUCACCCGCAGAACAGCAUCUGUGUAGUACUUUGAGGAUCCUGCCGAAACCGUACCUGGUUAUGAAGGAGGUACUGAUGAAGGAAGCGAUGAAACAUGGGGGUGUAUUGAAGAAGAAGGUUGCCAGAGAAAUUUGCCGGAUUGACGUAAAUAAGGUCUCAAGAAUUCACGAUUUCUUCGUCUCAAGUGGCUGGAUUGGGAAGGCUUGA